ACUAGAAAGUAGGUAGAUUAGCUGUAGUGUGUGUGUGUGAGUAAUUCCGUCCAUACAGUGUCGCUCGUAUUGCCAUAGGUUCGCGCGUGUGUUUGUGUUUUAGUUUUUAGACUGUCGGAACUUAAAUACAUAUUGGAAUGUUUUAAAAAUCAUGUGUAACCGAUGGCUUCUGCCGACGAGGAAUUUAUAAAACAGCUCCGAGAAGUGUUCGACUUAUGCGACGAGUUGAAAUGCGGCAUUAUUUCUGUGAACCAAUUACGGGACAUAGUACGGAAACACUUCGGGGGCAGUGAGGAGGAAGUUGUGCAGUUAAUUGAGUGCCUAGAUCCUAAUCAGCAUGGUGUGGUCACUUUCGCCGAUUUUUGCAGAGGAGUACAGUCCACCCUCCAAAUCAAAGGAGUUAACUUUGAGGAAGCCGCCCUUAGAAGUCAGCAGCCCAGCGUGACGGUGAGCGGGACGAAUCGGCGGGACGACGAGUGUUCGCCACCCCCUCCCGGCGACACGGACAGUGCCAUCGCCACAGGAAGUGACGUCAGCAGGGAGUCCUUGGCGGACAAACACGACAGUGGAAGCGAUGAAGCAGAAGAAAAUUACACUUGUCUGGGACACUUGUCCCGGCCCGACAACAGUUCCGGCAGCUUCCGGAGCGCCAGCAGUCACGGCAGCAGCCAUCCGUCCAGGAGAAGGAGGAGUUCCCGGAUGCUCAACAGGUCGGGCUCUAAGAGACUUUCCUCCAGUGCAUUAGCCAGUCAGCUCCACCGCAAUGGCAGCCGCAGAAAUUCUCAGAGUUCCGACGAGUAUCCGAUGGAUGUCCCUAUGUCCAUCGAAGACGAUGUUCUCGAUCUCAACCAAAAGGUUCAGGAGCUUCAACAGCAGGUGGCUACGCUGACUGACAAUCAAAUGAAUACAGAUGAGAGGUACAUUAAAGUAAAGCAAGAAAAUGCUGCUCUACAAAAUAAGAUUCAUUCUCUGGAGGAACAGCUCAGGGAACUCGAAAUCCGAAGUGAGGAGCGAAUAGAAACUGAGCAACAGAAAUUCAAGGAGAUUAUGACUCGGUGCGAACGAGAAAGCAAGCAAGAAGUAGAGCAAUAUGCUACCAAGCUCUUUGCUCUGCAGAAAGAAUAUAUGGAAAUGAGUGAAGAAUCCCUUAAAUUAAAAACCUUAGUAGAAAAACUAAAACAGGAAAAGCAUGAACUUCAGCAACAACUGCUGGAGUGUACAACAGAAUUGCUUAACCUGCGAGAAGACCAUAUGAGAUUGCAAGAAGCAGUUCGAAGAGAAAGGGAAGAAUUCCAGAUUGAAAGGACUAAUAACAAUAAGUUGCUGGAAGAACUAACCAAAGAAUUAGAAAAACAUUCCGAAAUGCAACCAGACACUCGUUUGCGAAGCCCAAGUCUCCUCGAGUUGCCUGCUCAGUACCGAGAACUCCAACAGGAACUCCGCAAAGUCAAAGAUGAAAACAAAUUAAUCCUCGAAACCAAUGAGGAAUUGAAUGCUCAGCUUUUAGCCAAUAGCCUACAAGAAGGCAGGACGUUAGUAAAUCAAAAUUCUGCCGUCUCAUUAGCUGAUGAAUUUGAAACUCUAACCAAAGAUGAAAUGAUGAAAGCAUUACAUGAUCAAAAAGAAGUAAACGAGAAAUUGAAAGCAUACAUCGAUGGAAUCCUACUCAACAUCCUUGAAAAUCAUCCUCAGCUCUUAGAAGUGAAAAAUCCAAUGUGAGGCACUUUUAGUACUCCACAGUUAAAUAAACUUUAGAACAUUCAUUGAACUAUACAAAAGAGGUUUUAUUUUUUGACUGCUGCAAAGGACCCCGACCUGGAGAAUGUUGAUUUUAUUUGUUAAAUGUGCUUUUAAUUAUGUAUUGUUGAUCUCAGUGACCAAUGGAUCUUGCGACUGUUGAAAAUUUGUUGUGCAAAAGAAAUCUUUGGAAUCAGGAAUGCCUACCUUCGCGAGCAGUUCCUUCUGUGUAUAGAAUAUUUAAUAAUAAAAAAUGGAAAAAGUGUUUA